AUGGAUAAGGUCCUCAACCAGCGGAUCGCGCAUUCAAACCUGAUCAGGCCCACGGGCGUCACCAUGGACACAACCGCAAGUCGAAGCCUAUCGCCACGACGGAACAUGUCUUGUGGGUCGUUCCUAUUGCCAGACUCGGACGAUGACUUGGCGCAAAGCUUGGUGUCCCUCGAACCGACUAUUACAAAUCAGACUACGCCCGUAAACCCCAAGGCCAACCAGGUCUCACGGAACGAUGUCGUGUCCGACGAAGCGGCCAUCGACCGCCAGGAUCGUUCAAGGCACGCAUAUCGUUACCCACGCGUGGUGCAUGCGUACGGUGGGGGAGGCUUGCAAGAUGGGAUGCAUUUCGCAACGGUGACGGACGCGAGACGUAUCCUCUCUUUUGAUGGAUCUUGGGAGUCGUCUACGACGUCAAAGAAGUUCGGGUUCUGGGACAUCCGAUCUGGUACAGGAUGCCCGGGUACGGAGAUGCCAGAAGCUGUCAGUGAGAUGGAUUGGCCCUAG